AGAAUGAAAGAAAUGAAGUUGCUGUGGUUCCUUUUAACCUUGGUGCAACUGUUUUCCGGAGUGAGUUCAUUUAGAAGAAAUAGUGGUCGCAGACGGACAAAUACGAGUUGUAAGGUUCACGACGGGGGUUGGUCAGAUUGGGAGGAAUGGACUAACUGUAUCUGUGAUGGUGAUGGUGCAGGGUUAAGAAAGAGAACUAGAGUUUGUGAUAAUCCUAGACCUUUUGGUUGUUACGGCAAACAGGCUAAAGACUGUCAAGGAUUAGCUUACGAAACAAAGGUUUGUGAUGCUCACGAGCAGUGCUGUGACGCGGGCAAGAAAGUAGAUGGAGGGUGGACGGAUUGGAGUGAUUGGAGUAAUUGUGACUGUGAUCUCGAAACAGAGACUGGAACUAGGAACAAAACACGUACUUGUGAUAAUCCUGCGCCUGCUUGUGGUGGCAGUAAAUGCGAAGGAUCAACAAGUGUUAGUGAGGAAUGCAACGAGCAGUGCUGCAAGGACUGCUGUAAAACUGAAAAUGGGGGCUGGUCUGACUACAGUGAAUGGGGUCCAUGUUUCUGUAACCAUACUGACGGUACUGGUGCUAUAACCCGAACAAGGGAAUGUACAAAACCAACCCCUUCUUGUAGUGGCAGCGAAUGUAUUGGACCAAAAGUUGAAACAGGGAGCUGUGACGGGGACUGUUGCCAGACAACCCACGGGGGUUGGUCCGAGUGGAAGGAGUCCGGUUCCUGCCAGUGUAACUCAGAUGUAGGCUCCGGGACUUGGACUAAAACCCGGCAUUGUAACAGUCCCUACCCUCAAUGUGGGGGUAGUUUUUGUGAGGGUGAUAGUGUGCUGACGGGAAACUGCGACGAAGAAUGCUGUCAAACAGUGGACGGAGGUUGGGCGGAGUGGAGGAGCUGGAACAGUUGUGUUUGUGACUACAGUUCUGGAGCUGGGGUGAAGACCAGGACUAGGAGCUGCACAGAUCCCGCUCCUUUCUGCCACGGAUCUGAUUGUGAUGGCGACCGAGUGGAAUAUGGUGUUUGUCUUUUUGAGUGCUGUAAAUCAGUGCAUGGAGGCUGGACAAAUUGGUCCUCUUGGAAUAUGUGCGUCUGUGACUACAUCUCUGGAACUGGAAACAUGAUAAGAUCCAGAUCCUGUACAGAUCCCGCUCCUUCCUGUCAUGGACAGGACUGCGUGGGGAAUAUCCUGGAACAUACAUCCUGUGAUGAUCAAUGCUGUGAAUCAGUAAACGGGAACUGGACAAGUUGGGGAUCUUGGAGCAUGUGUGUCUGUGAUUACAAUGCUGGUACUGGAUCUCAUAUGAGAACCAGAUCCUGUACAGAUCCUGCCCCUUCCUGUCAUGGAGCGGACUGUGAGGGUAAUAUGGUGGAGCACGGAAAGUGUGAUCAUCAGUGCUGUACUCUAGUGAACGGGAACUGGAACAGUUGGGGUAACUGGAGCACAUGUAUUUGUGAUUACAAUGCUGGUACAGGAUCUCAGAUGAGAACCAGAGCCUGUACAGAUCCUGCCCCUGCAUGUCAUGGAGCAGAUUGCGAAGGAGAUAUGAUUGAACACGGCAAAUGUGACGAUCAAUGCUGCACGUCACUGAACGGAGGAUGGAGUGAGUGGGCUGACUGGGGACCUUGUAUUUGCGAGAGUAACUCUACUAGUACUAAAGGGGUUAUCAGGAGGGAUCGGUAUUGUACUAACCCUCAACCCUCCUGUCACGGCAAAAUGUGUGAUGGGGUCAAUACGGAAGUUGCGAAGUGUGCUUCUCCGACUGCAUGUUAUCAAGAUAUAGUGCCUGUUAUGGGCAGUUAUAUUGAGGCCGAGAAAUCUGAGUCACUGCAGUCCUCAGACACCUUCUCAAGUACAAACCUGCCGCUAAUUAUUUGUGGUGUGGCUGCGAUAGCGGGAAUAGUCCUAGCUGGAAUGGCUAUUGUUGCAGUUAUAUUUCUGGUCAGACGGAAAAGACGAGAGCAAUCAGUUAUUUUAGAUACAGUAACUCCUCUGGAGGCAGCCCAGUCCACUCCACCACCAGCAGUGUUCUCCCCAGUCCCACCACCAGAGACGUGCCAAACCUCCCCAUCUUCAGCACAUCGGUUUGAUGCCAUCGAAAAUGACUACAUGGACUUCACAGAACUUUGAAGUCAGACAAUAAUUCACGUGAUUAUGAGAUCAGUUUGCUGGAAAUCAGACUUACUCAAGUGAAGCUGAGUUGCUUGGGGAUCAAUAUCUAUUAAACCAGCUCAAAAAGUGGCGGAUAAUCUGCUUAAAAUGAAGCUGAGUCGAAGUUUGAGUCUUCUAUCGGACUUUAUUGUGGUCGAGAAGCUGAAGACAACCAACCAAUCCAUGUCAGAGAUAGAAAGUAGUGACAGUAAGGAUGAACCACAAAACCAUAUAAAUAUAUGGGCUGACAUUUGUCCAAAUUAAAGAGGCGUCAUUCAAAACAAGUUAUUAAAUCGGGCUUGUAAAAUGAAGCAGAAACCGUGACCCAACAAACGAUACAUUAACUAAUACAUGUAUUUUGUUUUAUGAUUUGGAAGAGAAACGAAGAUUUUGAAGUGAUAUUCUGCAGUGAAACAGACCAUUAUUAUAUGGGUCACAAUCAAAAAGUGUAAAACGAGGUUAUGAAAAUGAAAUAAAUAUGGCUCAUUGAUUUUGAAAGAAAUUAAGAAGGGGUCAACCCUUAUCUUAUCAAUAAUUAUUAUUAUUAUUAUUGAAAUUCACAAAUCAUUACAAUUAGAUUUCGAUUCCUGUGUCAGACUAAUAAAGAAAUAAAAACUAAAAUUUUUAGAUAAAAAUUGCAAGAUUUAUUGAAUUUGCAUUUUUAUUGUUGCAUAUAUGUUCAUUUUCCACACUAUUACAAGUUAAUUAUCAAUAUCAUUAUUGUUUUUACCCUUGCACAAAAUAACCAUCGGGGAUAAGAGUUUGUUUGCCUUUUU